AUGCAACGUACUGUCGAUGAAGAAACCCCUCUUCUGGCGGAGUCAACCACCAAGCAAUCAACCCCUCUACCUUGGCCUCAGUUCUCUAUUCUGCUUGUGCUCCAACUCGCAGAACCACUGACUUCCAAUGUCAUAUCCCCCUUUACUCCUCAGCUGGUGCGCGACCUGGGGGUAACUCAAGGAGUGGAAAGCCGAGUGGGAUAUUACGUCGGUUUACUGCAAUCUCUGUUUUUUGUGGCAGAGGCGUGUACAGUUCUAUAUUGGAGCCGUACCUCAGACCAAAUUGGCCGAAAGCCCGUUAUCAUGUCAGGGUUGCUAGGACUGUCGCUUUCUAUGUAUUGCUUCGGACUUUCAAAAACUUUCUGGGGUUUGGUCCUAAGUCGAAGUAUGAGUGGUGCUUUGAACGGGAAUAUUGGUGUUAUGAAAAGUAUGGUUGUGGAGAUAACCGAUUCAACCAAUAUAUCUAAAGCAUAUGCGUUUAUGCCUCUUGCCUGGAAUACAGGUGGAACAUUAGGACCGAUGAUUGGAGGAUGGCUUGUUCAACCAGUCAAACGAUUCCCAAAAGUAUUCGGUGGCAACCUUUUUCUGCAAGAAUACCCCUAUUUUUUGCCAUGCGCAGUGUCAGCGACAUUUUCGCUGAUUGCUUUUGUUGUGACCUUCUUCUUUCUCAACGAAACCCUCCCGUGUCCCAUCCCCAUGAGGCGAUACUUCGGUAUAUCAACACUGCAACCGACUGUCGAUAAAUGGUCUACUUCAGCGUCCAAUAACAAAAUAGCGCAUUCCGGUAACAAACAGUCAAAAUUCGAGUCGCGACUUCCGAUUAGAUCCCUUUUCACACCACGCGUUAUUAUUGCCGCUGGGAACUAUGCCUCUGUAUCGCUCGUAGAUAUUUCAUUUCGCACCAUCCAACCUAUCUUCUUCUCAACUCCUCGCCAUCUUGGUGGAUUAGGCUUGCCUCCGUCCACAAUUGGGAUCAUAUUGGCUUGUUUUGGACUGCUAAACGGAUCUGCACAAGUUCUCUUCUUUGCUCGCGUGAGCAAUCGCUGGGGACCGAGGAACGUAUUCUUGUGGGGUUUGGUGCUUGCAAUACCAGCACUGGCAACAUUUCCUUGUAUCAGCUACCUCUCAAGGACGCAGGGUUAUACCACUACCCUCUGGGUUAUAGUUGGAUUGCAGAUCGUUCUGUCCAUUGGUUUAUGCUUUUGUUUCGGCGCGGUUUUCAUUUUCAUCGCCAGCGCGUCACCUAACCGGGCCUCAAUAGGAGCUACCAAUGGGAUCAGUCAGAUGAUGGUGAGCGUUGUGCGGGCAAUCGGGCCUGCUGCGGCGAGUUCGUUAUUCUCCCUCUCGCUUGACAAGCAUUACCUGGGUGGUUUUCUUGUCUAUUAUGUCCUCAUCGCGCUCGUGGGAAUAGCGCUUUACAUAGGAUCGAUGCUUCCGCGACAGGUUUGGACAGAUUAA